AUGGAUCUGUUGAGAGAUGCAGGGCUACUUGGAUGCAAACCUUCUUCAACUCCCAUGGAUUCUACAAAACAGUUGGGACAAGAAGUAAGCAAAUUGAUGACAGAUCCAUCAAAAUAUAGAAGACUGAUAGGAAGAUUACUGUAUCUUUGCAUAACGAGACCUGAUGUCACAUUUGCUAUGCCCAAACUCAGCCAGUAUGUGUCUAAGCUUUGUAAUGAACAUUGGGCAGCUGCUGAGAGGGUACUCAAAUACAUCAAAGGAACACCUGGCCAUGGCCUAUGUUACUCAAGAAAAGUAGAACCAAGUCUAAGUAUUUUCUCAGAUGCAGACUGGGCUGCUUGUCCAGAUACAAGAAGACCUGAUGUCACAUAUACUAAACUAUUGGGAGCAACUUCCUUUCAUGAAAUCUUGAGCAAGAUAGACUUCAAGAGUUUGUAUUGUCCAUCUUGA